AUGGCUGAGAACGAAGACUACACUGUUUUCACUUCCCGGUUCGCGGGGUUAUUCCACCGUGUGAUUUGUGACGAGGGUCAUCGGCUUAAGAAUUGCAGAACCCUCAAUUCGAUCGCCAUUGACAAGCUAUAUGCCCCGAAGAAGUGGGUGGUUACCGCCACUCCUAUGAUGAACCGAAUCUUAGAUUUAUUGGGAUACCUCUAUCUCUUUUGGCAACCACAAUGGGAGUCUAACCUCGACAGUCUGGACGCCUUUGUGCUCCCCUCCGAUCCGGAAAUGGUGUAUCGCCAGUCCACACUGCUACAAUGGAUGACCCAGUGUGAGAAGUACCAGAAGAAGUACAAGGACUGGCCGCUGUUCCUAUUCAAUCCCCGCACCUUCGCUGCGCUCAUCAAUCGGGGUAAGCUCGACAGUGCCACCACUACCAGCCUCGUUCUUCGCCCUAUUUUGUCCCGGAUUCAACUUCGCUGGACCAUGGCAUCGCAGAUCUGGUUGGACAACAGCGAGUACUAUCUGCCCGGCGUCAAUGUCCCCAUUUUUCACAUCGCCGGUGUGGAACUCCGGCCAUCCCGGUGGGAGGCCAGUGAAUUCGUGAAGAUCUGGUCGACCUUCUCGAAACACCUGGUCAAAGGGGGCAGUGAGACCGGCAAACCCACCAAGAAACCCACCAUCAGCGCCGGGGGUUUGCGUGACAUGGCAAUCCAUCGUCAUUUGUGUUUGGCCACCUUUGAUAUUCGGUUUAACACCUUGCUCUUGCGGCGAAAGGGACAAGGGGCCGCCCAGGCCCGGGAGUGGACUGACAACGCCGACGACCAUGGGUUUAGCGACUAUUUCUACGCCACGCGACCCAGCCCCUCCCUCCCGAAUUACCUAGACCGCCUCGGGGCCUGCGCAUAUCACGCCGGGGAGUCUGUCAAGCUCCGAUAUUUGGCUAAGCAUGUCCACAUGUCCAUGUUCGGAGACGAAAAUGGCAACUUCAAGGGUAAAACGGUUUUCAUGGUCAACUGGCCUCAUACACAGUGGGGUCCCGAUGCCUUCCUGUACAACCUGGGAGUCGGCUACUAUGUCAUCUGGCCCGACACCAUAGCCGCGGAGCGGAGCUCCAUUCUCGCCAAAUGGAACGAUCCCACCGACCCCGUCCUUUUCCUCCUGCUGAACAGCCGUUCGUCCGCCCUGGGGCUCAACAUCCAAGGGGCCUGUCACAAGUUGGUCAUCUUCGAUAUGCCCGACAACAUCAACACGGUGGUCCAAAUGAUCGGCCGGAUCCAUCGGCUCGGCCAGGAGCAUGUUCAGUACGUGUGGACCGUGUGUGUCCUCGGUACGUACGAUCAGUGGUUGUAUUCCAACGCGACAGCCAAGAUGCUGGGCCAACUCGCCGGGGAGGCGCAUAUGGAGAAUCGGGUGGUCGAUGCAGAAGCCCGCGAGCGCAUGCUACUGGCCACCAAGAACCUGUCCGGGCACGAUGCCCAUAAAUUAAUCAAAGACAUUCGGGACUCCAGCUACAUUCAGCAAGCCGAGGAGUAUAUUCGAAAACUCUUGGGGCAGCGUUGUUCUCGUCUUGACUGGCGCAACAAGACGUUAGAAAUUCCACUCAAGAGGAUCGAUGAUCGUGCUCCUCCGCCUCAGACACCCACUAAGCAUAAAGACGGGCCGACUUUAUUCAUCAGUGACCCCGAUUCGGCCGAUGAGUUAUUGCGGCGCGGUACCACCCUUAACUGGGACGAAGUGACUGCGCGGUAUGACCCCGAGACCCAGAAGUUCUACCAGACCGCAACGGAUAAUGAGAUCGAUCCUAAGUCAACCUGGGUUUUUUGUCCCGAGACCGGUUACCUCAUGGAUCCGAACAGCCCUUUCCUGUACGACCCUAACAUCGAUACAUGGGUAAGCCCCGAAGAUGGUGAGGCCAUCACCCGGGUGGCCCUCGUCCCCUGUUAUAACUUCGGGUACGAAGACCCCUAUCUCCCCCUCGUCCGCGCUAAAGCGAAGGCUGGUGGUGAUGUCGGUUCGGCCAACGAUGCCCCCCGAGAUCCUUCACCGGUCGAGGGCGAGAGGAGCAUAGAUGGUGAUGAUGUCGGUCCGGCCAACGAUGCGCCCCGAGAAUCUUCACCGGCCGAGGGUGACAUUCAUAUGAAAGGUGACGAUCUCCGUUCGGCUAAUGAUACUCAACGAGAUUCUUCCAUGGAAGAGACUGAAAUCACAGAGGAAGGAGAUGAUGUCGGUUUCAGUUCGCCCGAGACCACCGUCGUGGGUCCCGAGGAUAUAGGGAUGAAGUUGGAUCAGAUGGAGUUGGACUAA